GUACGUGAUUGUUGAGUGCGAAGACCGAGACACGCAACAGAGGGAUCCCAAAACUCAUGAAAUGUACCUGAACGUCAUGCGUAGGUUUAGUCAAGCCCUCUUAAAGAACGAGCGAUUACAGACUCUCCUGGCAGACAAUGAAAAGAUGAAUUUGUCCGAGAUUGAACCCAUCCCUCUGCCCCUCGAACCUCAGGUGAAAAUUAGAGGAAUCAUCCCCGAGAAGGCGACUCUGUUCAAGCUCUUACGCAAAGAGAAUCUGGAUCUGAAGCUGACUCCCUACAAAGUGUUGGCUACAAGUACGAAACACGGUUUCAUGCAGUUCAUCCAGUCGGUACCCGUGGCUGAAGUCCUCGCGACUGAAGAAAGCAUCCAGAACUUCUUCCGGAAACACGCGCCGAGCGAAACCGGGCCCCAUGGCAUAAGUGCGGAAGUUAUGGACACCUAUGUGAAGAGUUGCGCUGGAUAUUGUGUGAUCACAUAUAUACUUGGAGUUGGAGACAGACAUCUGGAUAACCUUCUGCUCACCAAGACAGGCAAACUUUUCCACAUUGAUUUCGGCUACAUUCUGGGACGUGAUCCGAAGCCUCUUCCGCCACCCAUGAAGCUGAAUAAGGAAAUGGUAGAAGGCAUGGGAGGGACGCAGAGCGAACAAUACCAGGAAUUUCGGAAGCAGUGCUACACGGCGUUCCUUCAUCUCCGCAGAUAUUCCAACUUGAUUUUGAACUUGUUCUCUCUGAUGGUUGAUGCCAACAUUCCAGACAUCGCUCUUGAACCAGAUAAGACCGUCAAAAAA